AAUUACCCUGGCUGUUUGACUAGCACUCAACUUAGACGCAGAGCAAGUGCGAACAUCAGGGGAAAAAAAACAAAUUUCGCUGCGACAUGUCUGCAUCAAGGAAAAAGUUGUUAGAAAAUGAGGAAAGCUCAUCAAGCCAGAAAAUCCACGUCGAUCAAAACCACAGAGAAAUGCAGUCUUUGAGUGGGAAGUUUGAGGAAGACGAGUUUCCUGCAAAGAGAAAAAGAGAGGAGGAGGAUAACGACAGUGACUUGAAUACUGUAAAAAGACGGCACCGCACUACUUUCUCAAAGCUACAACUAGACGCACUUGAGGAGGCCUUUAGCCGGUCACAGUACCCAGAUGUCUUCACCCGGGAACAACUCGCGAAACGUAUCAACCUAAACGAGGCCCGCGUCCAGGUUUGGUUUCAAAAUCGUCGCGCCAAACAUCGCAAGCAAGAGAGACAGAACCCUCGAGCACCCUUCCCUUUUCCUGGAAUCUACUAUCCAAGCGAGCCCGCGUUCCAAACUGUCCUGCCUCCCUACUUCCCAGUCCCCCCGUACGGCUGCCCCGUCACCUCGUUACCAGGCUCCAAGCCCGACAGCUUGCGCGCUGUUCCGAGCCCAGGCCGCUCACAAUGCAUUUCCUGCCCACCUGGAAGCUUAUACUGUGGGACUGGGGCGAGACAGCCCGAAUGGACUCCGACGUUUCCACGAUCUUUGUCGCCAUACAAAAGCCACGUUUCCGAAAAGUCUGAACUUUUAGAAAGAUUGCCAUUACAGUGGUCCAAGAGUCUGGCACUUCUUAGAUUGCGGGCUCAGAAUUACAGCGGUCUCCACCCUGGAUAUACAUGUCACUCAUAAUAAUAAAUGAAGAAUCUCGCUAAAAUACAAUAGAGAAUCUGGCAAACUAAAGAUAAUUCAAAGUCUAGCAGUAAUAAUGCUAGUAGGGAUAAGAGUUCUUUAUUUUCAUUAUAAGGUUUACAUUAAAAUUAUGGUGUUUCAACAAUGAUUAAAUUAUGCCAUUCAUUUCUA